AUGUCCGCGGAGAGAGAGGCAGCCGAGGCGGCCACCGUGGAGGCGGCGGCCGAGGCAGGGGCCGGGGAAGACGCCUCUCCGCAGCCCCCGAAAGCCGAGGCAGCGAACGACCCCCACCCGCCGGCGGCUCCGGAAGGGGCGGCUGCCGCCUCGCCGCCGCCUUUGCGCUGCCUGGUGCUCACCGGCUUUGGUGGCUAUGACAAGGUGAAGCUGCAGACCCGGCCCGCCGCACCCCCGACCCCUGGGCCCGGCCAGCUGACGCUGCGUGUCCGGGCCUGCGGGCUCAACUUCGCCGACCUCUUGGCCCGGCAGGGGAUGUAUGACCGGCUGCCGCCGGUGCCUGUCACACCGGGCAUGGAGGGCGCGGGCGUCGUGAUCGCCGUGGGCGAGGGAGUCAGUGACCGCAAGGCAGGGGACCGGGUGAUGGUGUUUACCCGGUCGGGGAUGUGGCAGGAGGAGGUGACUGUGCCAGCGACCCACACCUUUCUGAUGCCUGAGGCCAUGACCUUUGAGGAAGCCGCUGCUUUGCUGGUCAAUUACGUCACAGCCUACAUGGUCCUCUUUGACUUUGGCAACCUACGGUCUGGCCACAGCGUCUUGGUACACAUGGCUGCAGGGGGUGUGGGUAUGGCAGCUGUGCAGCUGUGCCGUACGGUGGAGAAUGUGACAGUGUUCGGAACGGCCUCGGCCAGCAAGCACGAGGCGCUGAAGGAGAAUGGGGUCACACACCCCAUCGACUACCACACGACUGACUACGUGGAUGAGAUCAAAAAGAUCUCCCCCAAAGGAGUGGACAUCGUCAUGGACCCUCUAGGUGGGUCAGAUACGGCCAAGGGCUACAACCUCCUGAAACCCAUGGGCAAAGUCAUCACCUAUGGAAUGGCCAACGUGCUGACCGGCCCCAAGCGGAACCUGAUGGCCCUGGCCCGCACGUGGUGGAAUCAGUUCAGCGUGACAGCUCUGCAGCUGCUGCAGGCCAACCGGGCUGUGUGUGGCUUCUACCUGGGCUCCCUGGACGGCGAGGUGGAGCUGGUCACUGGUGUGGUGGCCCGUCUCCUGGCUCUGUACAACCAGGGCCACAUCAAACCCCACAUUGACUCGGUCUGGCCCUUCGAGAAGGUGGCUGACGCCAUGAAGCAGAUGCAGGAGAAGAAGAACGUGGGCAAGGUCCUCUUGGUUCCUGGUCCGGAGAAGGAGAACUAGGGCAAGGGGCUGGGGGGCCCUAGAGACCUGGGAAGGGGGAAGUUGGGAAGCCAUGUCCUGUUGACCAUCAGACUGUCGCAUUUCAUCCUCCAUCGUAGUGCUGUGCCCUCCUCCCCUGCAGGUCUCCAUGCUAUGACUGCUCCCCUGCCCUGUUCUUUCUCUUUGGCCAGGGCUGUGCCCACCCCCCUUCCUGCCCUUGGAAGAGGUUGGGAAGUGACCACUUGGAUGUCUGGGCCCUGCCAAGGGGACAGGGAGGGUCAGAGGGAGGCCGGCUGCUUCCUGCCCCCACCCUUUCCCCGGGCCUGCUGUGCUGCUUUCGUCCCAAGGUCAGCCAGUCCCUCCCGCCUGUUCUGUGUGUUUCCACCGCUGUCUCACCUGCCCCCGCCCCUGCCCCACCACCUCCCCAAAGAAUCAGAAUGUCAGCUCAGGAUACGGGGCCAAUCUGUGCCAGUCCAGCAUGUACCUGUCUUUCCCUAGUGUCCCUUCAGUCUGGGCCGACCAGCGCCCACCUCUGGGCCUGACCAGUCCCCAACCUUGUCCUCUGUCCCCAACUUCUUAAGCACAACUGGGCUUCUUCCACCUCCAGGUUUUCUGCCAUUCUUAACCAAGGCUGCCUCUUACAACAAGGGCGGGAAUCAGACCUGCUCCCCUAGGUCACCACUCUGGGAGGGAUACAGAGCCCCCCACCCUUCACUGAGUUCUCUGGAUUUGUUCUCAGUGCCUUAGCGAUGAAAACCUGUGCUUGUGUGUGUGGCAGGGGCUGGGGGGCUGUCGCCCACCUCCUUCUCCACCCCUGUACUCCCCAGUGCCUUCCUCGUUCUGGUGGAGCUGGGGUUUCACUCCUCCCCAGUCCCACAACACUGCCAAAAAUCUGUGUGUGCGCCAGUGGGUGGGGGCCAGCCCCUAGCCUCCUGGGGGAAGGGCAAGAGCAGCCACCGUCCUGGUCUGUGCCAUGUCCUGCCUCUAGCCUGGAUGAGGAGAGGGGCGGGGAAGCUUCCUCGGCCUUGCAGAUAGGUGUGACAUUUAGUAGCCAGAGCUCCCAGAGGCCAUGCUGUCUGUUUCUUGUUCUGGGACCAAAGUAAAAAUCAAAGCACAUUCCCCUUGCAGUCAAGGGAGGCCCGACUGCCUUCUCAGAGCAGGGAGGCAGCUUUUUAAACUCAGCCCCAAACUUUGUUUACAUGGGUGGGAGGUGGAGCAGGGGAGUACAGAGAUGGGUGGUCAGGACCUGGGUCACUGGGAGCAAAAUGGGGAUGUCCUGGGCAGAGGGUCACUCCUCUGCUUGCUGAGCUGGGAUUAGGGAGGGUUACUGCCCCAGCCGUUGCAAUGGGAGGUGGUGGGGAUGGGCUCAGCCUCUUCAUUGUCUAAAUGAGGCCUGUGAAGUGCGAUUUUUGCUUUUGUGUAUCCCACCCCAUUACCGCAGCUGCCUUUGUGUUUGUGUCAAUAAAAAGCCAAACCCUGG